AUGUCGUCCUCAUAUACGAGACAGAAACGAGGAGGCGAGGAGGACGACUCGGACGGCGCAGAGCAAUCCUCGUCCAAGAAGCCGCGAUUUGACGUCCGAAACCCCUCUGCGCUCGCACCAGAUGCCCUGGAGGACGAUGCUGUUUUGGAUGCGGACGAGUUUGGCCAUAGGGGCCAAAAAGUUCGUCGAAAUGCUGUAAAAGUGGAAGGGUUCGAGUCGGACAGCGAGAAUGAAGGAUUCGACGCCCGCGCUGAAGCAAAGUCGAAGGCUAAAAAACGGGAGAAUCGUGCUGAUGACGACGACGAUAUGUUUGCCGAACUUGAAGAAGACUUUGCAGAAAACGAUGAUGAAGAUGAGACAGGCGGAGUGAAGCAUAAGAAGCAGGUUCGGUUCCUGGAAACGGAUGAGAUAGAGGGACAGGUUAAUUCGUCGAGAGCUGGAGGGAAGGUUACCCUAGAUACCCGAUCAGCCGGCGGAAUAGGAAAAGGAAGAGCUAUUGAUGAUGAUGAGGAGGAGGAUGAUGAUAGUGGGAGUGAUGUUGGCGACGAUGUCCGCGCUGCCCUGCCAACAGACGUGGACAAGGAGCUUGGAGCUGGGAGCAAGAAGCAGCAUGCACCUCUCCUCGAUGCCUUCAACAUGCGGGCUGAGCAAGAGGAAGGCCGCUUCGAUGACGCCGGGAAUUACGUUCGAAAAGCAAUGGACCCCGACGCUGUUCACGAUUCAUGGUUAGAAGGUGUAUCGAAGAAAGAUAUGCGAAAGGCGAAAGAGGCGGCGGAGAAAAGAGAGGAGGAAAGACGCCAGCAAUCUCUUGUUGCCGACAAGGUGCUGACUAGUGAUGUCUUGAAGACAUUGAUACAACAUCUUGAUCGAGGAGAGACUAUUAUCGAAGCUCUAGCAAGGCUGGGCAAAGGGCUAAAGCACCGGCCUAAAUGGCAGAAUAAGAGCAAAAAGAAUCAAAAAAGGGCCAAUGGGGCAACUGAGGAUGUGGAAAUGCAGGAGGAAGACCCAAAGGAAACAGAGAAGAAGCGGGCUGUGGAAGAAAUUACUGAAGCUGCUGAUAUGCUGCUAAGUCGUGGCCAGACAGAUAUCUACGAUACGGAGCGCGAGCUUCUCACUCGCAUGUAUCAACGGGAAACAGGAGAGCAGUGGGUAGACCCUCCUGGCCCCGAGACAACAGUUGACGAUGGUGGAGAUGGAGAGAAUAGUGAGAUGUGGGAGUUCCGCUGGUCGGAUUCUCGAGAUGGCGGGAUAAUACAUGGCCCCUACGAUAAGCCAACUAUGCAGUCAUGGAGUGGUGCCGGAUAUUUCUCACAAGGUGGAGCGGAGUUUAGAGUCGUUGGAAGCUCAGGUCCCUGGAACCCAGGGGAUCCAUUCUCAUGA